CUAAGAUAGAUAUAUAGAUGGAUGGAUGGAUAGAUGGAUGAAUGGAUGGAUGCUGUGGUUAUUGAGGAAUGUGAUGGGAGGGGCCAGCAGACUCCAUCCUGACCACUGAUAGAUAUAUUACUAUAUAAGAGACAUCUCACUCUCCAAGGGUCACAUUUGGUGGAGUCGCAGGACUGUCACGAUGCGGUGUCUGCUUUCAGCUGCUCUUCUGUCUGUGAUUGUGCACCUGUGCUCCGGUGCAGACUGGUGCUACCAGACACAAGUGAGCUGUGAAUCUCACUGUAAAGGACCAGACCGAUGGAGUGAAGUCAAUGCAGACUGUGGGAAGAGCAGACAGUCACCAAUCAACAUCGUGACCAAGAAAACCAAGCUGGAUGAGCGGCUGACGCCUUUCAAAUUCACCGGUUACCAGACCGUGUUCGAGAGCACCAUGAAGAACAACGGCCACUCGGUUCAGGUCAGUAUACCCAUCACAGCCACAGUGUCUGGAGGAAACCUGGGAGAAACGUACAAAGCCGUGCAGUUUCACCUCCACUGGGGCAACAGCGGAGGUCCUGGAUCUGAACACACCGUCGAUGGAGAGCAGUAUCCUAUGGAGCUGCAUAUUGUGCACAUGAAACAAAGAUACAACAGACUCGAAGACGCACUCAGAGAUCCCUCAGGAAUCGCGGUGCUGGGAUUCUUCUACGAGGAGUCGAGCAGCUCUAACAGAAAGUACGAUCUCUUCACACACGGCCUGCGCAGCAUCCAGAAUACAAAUGGAAACACGACGCUCCGUAAGAUUUCUCUGAAUCAGCUCAUUCUGCCUGAAGCCAACAUGACGAACUAUUACCGGUACGACGGCUCUCUGACCACACCGGGCUGCACGGAGGCUGUGGUGUGGACGGUGUUUGAAAACCCCAUUCCCCUCGACAGAGAACAGCUCCGGGCUUUUUCCGCCCUGAAGUUUCACGAUGGGAACCCGAUGGUGGGAACGUUUAGACCCGUUCAGCCACGUAAUGGACGUGUGGUUUACCGGUCCAGCGGAGCAGCGGUCACCGCCAGCGCUGUCCUGAUUCUGGCCUCCAUCAGUGCAGCGUUAGGCCUGUCCCAUCCGAACUAGAGCAAGACCGACCCGAUACCGACACACAAUCAACACAAUGAGUUCUCAGCCAAUCAACAGACCAGCAGACGAAAGUCUAGUGUCCACAGCACACUAGAGAAGUUAGUGUAGAAUCUGACCAGUAGACGUGUGUUCAUAUCUAUCAAUAGAGUUGUACUAAAGCCACUCUGACUUUCUGUGAAGGUCUGACGGGGAAUAAAUGCAUGACCUUUAUCUGUAUUAGACAUCUGGCAAACACACACACACACACACACACACACACGGGCUAUAUUUACAAAGAUUUUGAUGUGCUGGAGAUGUGCAUUACUAACACACACAUCGAUGAUCAGUACUCAACUGAUGAAAGGUCACAGAGGUCAAGGGUGAAAGGUCACAGAGCCGUGAGAAUAGAUCGGAGAGAAACCCAGGAAUAGCAAGCACACAAAUACAUCUACAUUUAAUCUGCUGAGUUUCAUCGAGUGUUUCACACUUGAGAUCAAAAGAAUCAAAUUCACUUUAAAUUUAUCAACUGAUCGAGAACUGAGAAUAUAAAUUUAUGUGUGUGUGUGUGUGUGUGUGUGUGUGUGUGUGUGUGUGUAUGUAUAUAUAUAUAUAUAUAUAUAUAUAUAUAUAUAUAUAUAUAUAUAUAUAUAUUGCCCAUAUAAACUGUAUGAUAUUAUUUAUAAUUAUUUAAAAUGUGAUAGACAUGCACUCUGUAUACUGUAUAUGUAAAAUUACAUUUUUAAAUAUGCAUACAUAUAGAUUAUUUCAUACAGUAUAUAUAUACAUAUAUACGUAUAUAUAUAUAUAUAUAUAUAUAUAUAUAUAUUCUUGUCCAGUUUUGCAAACUGCUUUCAGACCCCUAAAAAUGUGCCAAGUGUGGAAAUAAAGGGAACCAAGUACUUUUGCAUUUCUAAGUUUAACCCAGACAUGCAUUGCUUCACACAGACACAUCACAGAGAUGGUCAAAGUGAAAGCGGUGUGUUCUCUGUGACAAGAUUUUGGUUAUAAUUAACUUGAAUUUCACAACACUUACAGUCUGUGGCAUGAUAUUUACACACAUCUGGACUUGCUGUAGAUGUCUUGAAGUCAUGCAUCUUGCGCACAAACUUACACUGUUUAUCCAAAAGAUUCUGUUGAGUCAGUUGUGAGGACACAUGACUUGUGUUUUAUAAACUUUGAGGGUCUCAGAUGCACUAAACGUGAUGCAUUGAUGCUCUUUCUGAAGAAAAUGAAUAUGAUGAUUAGUAUUUGCUGUAAAUGGCGUGCAGAGUCUACAAACAGGGAAACGUGCAAUGUCUGUACUCAUAACACACAUUAACCUUAUCUAUAUGUAUGUUUUCUGCACAUAUAUGUAUGUACUGUAUGUAAGGAUGUUGAUGUAAGCGCUGCUGUUUGUUAUGUGUAUCAUUACUGAAAGCAUCAUUACUGACACUCAAAUCAACAGCAAAGCAUCACUGAAUGGCCAUCUCCUGCCUGUGCAUAUUGACAUUUAAUCUUUAUUUACGUUGAAAAUGUCAGUUUUGUCAACCUGUCAGAAUGCACUGAUGAUAUUAUGAUGAUGUAACUGCUAAUGAUAUAGUAAAUGCAUUCCAGUAUACUAAUAAAUGGCUGCAUUUCAUUUUUAAGUAA